AUGAGGUUGGACGUCAAGCGCCAGCUCUACGCUCGUAGUGAGCGUGUAAAGGGCAUCGAUUUCCACCCCCACGAACCAUGGAUCCUCACCACUCUGUACAGCGGCCAUGUAUACAUCUGGUCGUAUGAGACGCAGCAGAUUGUCAAGACGUUCGAGCUCACCGACGUGCCCGUACGAGCCGGCCGCUUCAUCGCGCGCAAGAACUGGAUUGUCUGCGGCUCUGACGACUUCCAGCUGCGCGUCUACAACUACAACACGGCCGAGAAGAUCACCUCGUUCGAGGCUCACCCCGACUACAUCCGAGCCAUCGCCGUCCAUCCGACCCAGCCCUUCGUCCUGACGGCCUCCGACGACAUGUCCAUCAAGCUGUGGGACUGGGAGCGCGGCUGGAAGUGCGUCCAGGUCUUCGAGGGCCACAGCCACUAUGUCAUGGGUCUGGCCAUCAACCCCAAAGACACCAACACCUUUGCCUCGGCCUGCCUGGACCGUACCGUCAAGAUCUGGAACCUGGGCUCCCCCACUGCCAACUUCACCCUCGAGGCCCACGAGACCAAGGGCGUCAACCACGUCGACUACUACCCCCACUCCGACAAGCCCUACAUCCUCACCACCUCGGACGACCGCACAGUCAAGGUCUGGGACUACACGACAAAGUCGCUCAUCGCCACCCUCGAGGGCCACACCAACAACGUCUCCUUUGCCUGCUACCACCCCGAGCUGCCCGUCAUCAUCUCCGGAUCCGAGGACGGCACGCUGCGCAUCUGGCACGCAAACACCUACCGCUUCGAGCAGUCCCUCAACUACAGCCUCGAGCGUGCCUGGUGUGUCUCGUACCAGAAGGGCAAGCAGGGCAUCGCCGUCGGUUACGAUGACGGUGCCGUCGUCGUCAAGCUCGGUCGCGAGGAGCCUGCCGUCUCCAUGGACGCCUCGGGCAAGCUCAUCUGGGCAAGGCACAACGAGGUUGUCUCGUCAAUAAUCAAGGGCGGAGGAGGAAGAAGGAGAGAUAGAGAUACUGACCCAGUCUUCCUUCACCCAGACGCCUCCAUCAAGGACAAUGAGCCCAUCAGCCUUCCUACCAAGGACCUCGGCACCUGCGAGGUCUACCCCCAGACACUGACCCACUCGCCCAACGGCCGCUUCGUCUCCGUCUGCGGCGACGGCGAGUACAUCAUCUACACGGCCCUCGCCUGGCGCAACAAGGCCUUUGGUUCGGCCCUCGACUUCGUCUGGGCCUCCAAGGAGAACAGCAACGACUUUGCCAUCCGCGAGUCGCCCAUGAGCGUCAAGGUUUACAAGAACUUUGUUGAGAAGCCCGGCGGCCUCGACGUCGGCUUCCAGGCCGACGGCCUUACCGGCGGUGUUCUGCUCGGCGUCACGGGCCAGGGUGGCGUGUCCUUCUUCGACUGGGCCACUGGCGGUCUGGUCCGCAGGAUAGAGGUUGAGCCCAAGCAGGUCUACUGGUCCGAUAGCGGCGAGCUGGUGGCUAUUGCUUGCGAGGACACCUUUUACGUGCUCCGCUUCUCGCGCGAGAACUACGUCGAGGCCGUUCAGGCUGGCCAGGUCGAAGAGGAUGGUGUCGAGUCGGCAUUCGAGGUCAUUACUGACAUCAGCGAGAGUGUCCGGACGGGAGAAUGGGUGGGCGACUGCUUCAUCUACACCAACAGCACCAACAGACUCAACUACCUGGUGGGCGACCAGACGUACACGGUGUCUCAUUUUGACAAGCCCAUGUACAUCCUGGGAUACAUCCAGAGGGACUCGCGCAUCUACAUUGCCGACAAGGAUGUGGGCGUGACGUCGUUCUCCCUGUCGCUGCCGGUGCUGGAGUACCAGACGCUGGUUCUGCGCGAGGACAUGGAGACGGCGGCGGAGCUGCUGCCGACGAUCCCAGACGACCAGAUGAACAAGAUUGCACGGUUCCUCGAGGGCCAGGGCCACAAGGAGCUGGCGCUCGAGGUGGUGACGGACCCGGAGCACAAGUUUGAGCUGGCGCUGGCGCUGAGCCAGCUGGAUAUCGCGCUUGAGCUGGCGCGCGAGGCCGACGUGGAGCACAAAUGGAAGACGGUGGGCGACGCUGCGCUGGCCGGGUGGGACGUAGCGCUGGCGGCCGAGUGCUUCACGCACGCCAAGGACCUAGGGUCCCUGCUGCUAGUACACUCGUCGACGGGUGACCGCGACGGUCUAGCGGCUCUAGCCAAGCAGGCCGAGGAGUCGGGCGCGCACAACAUUGCCUUUACGUGCAACUGGCUCCUGGGCAACGUGGAACGCUGCGCCGAGCUCCUCUCCAAGACGGGCAGGCAGGCCGAGGCCGUCCUCUUCUCGGAGACGUACAAGCCCAGCCUGACGGCAUCGCUGGUCAAGGAGUGGAAGGACAGCCUGGAGAAGAACAAGAAGAGCCGCGUCGCCAAGCUGAUCGGUGUCCCCGACGAGGAUGAGGACCUCUUCCCCGAGUGGGAUACGUGGCUCAAGCUUGAGAGCGAAGGUGGCUCUGCUGCUGCCCCUGCCACUACGGAAAUCAAACCCGAUGACGAAGAUGAGGACGAGGAUGAGGCCGAGGUGACGAAUGGUCACGAUGAUGGAGAGGAUGAUGAUGAGUAG